AUGGACAGCCCAAGCAAUCCGUUCUAUAUCUGUUACGCUGUUGGGAUCUUUCUGCUUUUCGUGGCAGGAAUCGCUCUACAAGGUCUUAAUCUUUACUCUUUGUUCCACCGCGAGAACCGCCAAAAAGAAUUGACGCCUUACCUCUUGAGUAUAGCCGUGGCCAACUUUGUUUUUCUUGUUUGCUCGUAUCCGAGUACGUUCUUGUCCGCGAUCAACUACAGAUGGAUCUUUGGCGAAUGGUUCUGCGUUGCUGAAGGAUUCCUGGCAGGAACCUCUGCCAUAUGCAUGCUAUGUCAACUAUCCGUGAUAGUUGUAAAGACAAGCAAUGCUAUUACUAAGGUAUCUCAUAUUAAUCGCAUAGCCAUAAAGUAUCGAAGUUACAAAAAAGAAAUCGCCUUCAMCUGGCUGUUUUCUAUGGGUGUGAUGCUUCCGCCCACAAUGGGAUUGACGAGCAUGAGUCUUGAAGGAGGUGGAACAAAUUGCGCACCGAACUGGAAGCCAACCAACAGUCGUGAUAUCAUUUACGCCAUAACGCUAACCCUGGUAGCCUUCGUCAUUCCAGUGGCCAUCAGCAUGGUAUUUCUAGCAAAGAUUAACCGUUCUCUUUCCAGACACAGAGAAAUAUGUAAAAAGAGUAUCUUUGCUGUGAAAUCACGAAUAGUUGAUUAUGGAAACGUCAGUAAGAUGGUAGGAGCGUCCAUCUUUAUAUAUGUACUGUUAUGGACUCCGUAUAGUGUUGGGGUGUUGGUGAGCGUUUUGAGCGGCAAUGAUAGACUGUUGGAUGGGGACAUAUCUCUCUUUCCUACGCUCAUUGCAAAAUCCAGUGCAGUCUUCAGUCCUGUGGUGUAUUUCACUUUUAACCUUAGAUUUCGUCGAAUUGUGUUAAAAUUAUUCAAAUGCAAAAUUCGAAGGCAAUCGUCACGCGUUAAACCGCUGACCAAAACGACACUUGAAACGACCAUCGAAAAGACAAACAACUCCGCACCCUUGCCCGAAGAAAAACGAGUAAAACCUUUCUAUAAUUUAACUACAAAGACCAAGUCUAAUAUAAAAUAUAUUAAUGAAAUUGAAGAAGUGUCAAUUGCGAGUUCUACGAUCAGCAACCGCUAUACCGAAAGGAGAGGUGCUCUUAAAAACCCUUGGAUUUGAAAAAUGCAAGUUGGUUGCUAGUUGGCUACCAAACUUCCUCUAUUUUCUUUAAAGAGUGAACUCAGUGAAACCUAGCUCCAACACUAAAUGGAUCACAAACACAAACAGGACCACAACUGGAUUACAAAGCAUAUGACUAGUGCCCAGAUUCUUCGACUUUCUCUGAUGAAGGAACCUUGGCUGAGGAAUAUCUGGUAUACAAGGAGUCGCUUGCUAUUUCUUCAUUCAAGGACAUGUCAUUUUUAAAGACCAGGACCUGGUUGUACGGAUACUUAUCCAGUGUAUACAUGUAUUGGAUAAUAGCAUCGACUUAUCCACUGGAUAAGAAUUUUUCCGUCGGAUAGCGCUAUCCACCCUCCGUACAACCAGGCCCUGGUGUUUAGGGUUAUUUAAGCUCAGCUUGAACAUUAUAAACACAAUAUAUACUUAUUUCAAUAAAGUUAGUCACCAA